AUGUUCCUUGUGACCCCCGAAAUUGAAUUUUCUUUUGGGAAAGGGGGAAAAAAAGUUGUGUUUGCUUUUUUAGGGUUCAAUGGAGAGGCUUUCCAGAGGGAAGUUCCUGGCAAGAUUUUCAAGCUGACGCAUCCGCCAAACGACGACGUUUACCCGCCGAAUUUGAUCACUGACCUGAUGGUCACCACGCAUCCGGGAAACCAGACUAUCGAGCUGACCUGGACUGCCCCAGGCGGGGACUUCAACAAGGGCAAAGGCAUCGGAGGCGCCGGCUUGCGUAUGCAAAAAGCGUUGCCGCCACGAGAGGAACAUGAUGAAUGUCUCUUCUCGGGUCACCGGGUGGCUGCUUCGAUGCUUACGGUUCACCAGCUUCCUGAGCGAUACGAACUGCGCUACGCUGGCGACUGGGACGCCCUCCGAGGCGACCAUUUCCCGUCGGCGGAGAACCUGAAAACCCGGGCCCCACACCCGCACGGAACCCAGGAGCGGAUUGUUUUCUCAGCUGGGGAAUACGGUUUGGCACCCGGCAAGGUGUUCUACUUUGCCAUCAGGGCCCACGACGGUUGGUGGGGACCCGUGAGCCGCCCCGUGCGAGCCUACUUGAAACCGGCGCCGACUUUGAAGCCGCCGUCGGCGUCCCAAGAGGGAAUCAGCGGAUUAGAGGACGAGAACGGCGCCGGCGGCGGAAGCCUCUUGUCGUCAACCGGCGGCUUCCUGAGUUUCGAGAUGAUCGCCAUCAUUUCCGGGUAA